GACUCUGUUCACAAGAGGAAAAGCACCCAUUGCCCAACAGUUGCCCGUGAAUCAGACCAGGAUUUUGCUGAUUUUUCUUCUAAGAUCUUGCACUUGAAAGGAGACAGGAAGGACUUUGAAUUUGUUAAAACCAGUCUCUCCACUGAAGAUUUGAUGUUUACCGGUUCCCUGAACAUAUGUUCUCCAUAUGAUUGCAGAAGAGAGGCAGAUGAGGUGGCACCCAUACUGGAUGCAUUACCAAAUCUAGAACAGUACAUUUACUGCUCUUCAGCUGGUGUCUAUCUCAAAUCUGAUCUUUUACCACAUUUCGAGACUGAUGCAGUUGAUCCAAAGAGCAGGCACAAGGGAAAGCUUGAAACUGAAAGCUUACUGGCAUCUAGGGGUGUUAAUUGGACUUCCCUCAGACCAGUCUAUAUCUAUGGGCCGUUAAACUACAACCCUGUUGAAGAAUGGUUCUUUCACCGGUUGAAAGCAGGUCGCCCUAUUCCAAUUCCCAACUCAGGGAUGCAAAUUAGCCAGAUGGGCCAUGUGAAAGAAAUUGAAGGAAGCAGUGACUUCAUUACUCUAACUAUUUUAGGGAUUUUGGCACGGGCUUUUAUUCAAGUUCUUGGUAACAACAAAGCCAGCAAGCAAGUGUUCAACAUCUCUGGAGAGAAAUAUGUCACAUUUGAUGGAUUAGCAAGGGCGUGUGCAAAGGCUGCUGGAUUCCCCGAGCCUGAGAUUAUUCACUACAACCCGAAGGAGUUCGAUUUUGUAAAAAGAAGGCAUUUCCCUUUCGUGACCAGGCAUUACUUUGCAUCUGUUGAAAAGGCAAAAGCCGUGCUUAGGUUUAGACCAGAAUUUGACCUGGUGAAGGUCUUGCAGACUCCUACAACU